AUGAUCAAGACACCCAGCCCGUGCACUUACUUCAGCUCCAGCUCCUUCUCAUUCGUCAAAUCUGCCCGGCUCCAAGGCUUGACAAAACCCAGGCCCAGCCUUGCCAAAGGUAAGAAAACAAGGCCCAGCCCCAAUCUGAUCUACACACCCAAGUCACAAGGAAAGCCCAGCCCCGAGUCUGCAAGGCUUGCCCAGGGCCUGGGUCCGAAUCGGGUUCAGCUCUCGUCCGAACUCCGUGUGCCUAGCCUUACCGAAGGCCUAGCUCCAAACCUGCACAGCCAAGUCAAAAAAACAAAAAGACAAUUGAUCAGGACACCCACACCUACCUUGCAACAACCCACGGACCCAUGCCUCCUUGCUCAGCCCAGCUUGGGAAAAUUUCACAGCUCCAAGUCACUUACCGAAGGGCUCAUGAAAACUCACCGACCAAGGUUGCUGCUAGCACGUAGCCUUGCCAAACACAAGGAAGGGCUUAACGAAAGCCUUACCACCGAGACCCAGCCCACCUGGCUCCAAGGCCUAGCUCAAGCACUGGAGGCCCGGCUCUGCCCUUCGAAAAACUCCCCAGGUAACUUGUCGAACGGCAACUGCCGUGGAGACCUUUGCCAAGAGCUUGAAACCACCCCAAGCAACACUUGCGAACCCAGCCCCAAUUCUCCUUCUAACAGCCAAGCCAAAGGGAACCUACCGAAUGGCAGGCUCUGUGCACAAGUUUUUAGAAGCUCACAAACUCACAAAACAAUCACCUCGACCCAAGCCAAGGUGGCAGCAGCCUAG